AUGCGUACUUCUUUCGCCGUCCUGGCCCUCUCGGCCGUCGCUGCUGUCUCUGCUCAGCGUAAGGUCUUCACUGCUGCCGACAUUAACGUCGCAGCUCUCACGGUCAAUCAGAAGGCCAACUGGUGUAUCGCCGAGCGUAACACUUGCAAGGUCCUGUGCCAGCCUAACCCCACAACCAACGACUGCGACUCGGGCACCCUUCAGUACUCUUGCCUCUGCUCGAACGGCUCUGCGCCUGGUCUCGAGUACUACGAGCAGACCAUGCCCACAUUCAUUUGCAACCAAGCCUUCGAGGAUUGCAUCGCCGCCAAUGUUGGCGACAAGAAUGGCCAGGACAACUGCACCACCAGCAUCAAGUCCCAGUGCGGUACUAUCGACGCCCAGGCUAACGAGGCCUCUGGUACCACCACCUCGGCCGCGGCCGCGACCACCGCCGCUCCCACUGGAACCGGCAGCGCUGCUUCUGCCGCGACCACGGCUCCCAGCAGCUCCAGCUCAUCUGCCUGGGCCGCUCCGACUGCGAACCCUGCCCGCUACGGAAACGCUGCUGCCGUUGCUGCCAUUGGUCUCUUCGCCUACAUGCUCUAG